AUGGUUGCGCCGCUUCCAGGGGAAACGGCCAUCUCGGCCAAGCGCGCGGAACUCGCGGGCAAGGGUGGGAUAUGGGGUCUACUGAGUAACAAGAAGACCUCAGCGAUUGGAUUAUUCGCCUCAUUAGGUGGUUUGGUGUACGGAUACAACCAGGGAAUGUUCGCGCAGGUCUUGACCAUGAACUCGUUUACAAAAGCUACGCAAGGAUAUGCCGCGACAACGAGUAUCCAGCAAGGCAUGUUGACCUCGAUUCUGGAGCUCGGUGCUUGGGUUGGUACUUUGUUCAACGGGUAUCUCGCCGAUGCAGCCGGUCGCCGACUCACAGUCUUGAUUGCGGUCGUGGUGUUUUGCGUUGGUGUCAUUGUCCAGGCGUGCACGGAGAACAAGGACUAUGUCUUUGCUGGUCGAUUUGUGACCGGUCUAGGUGUGGGUAGUUUGAGUAUGGUUGUACCACUGUAUAACGCAGAGCUGGCUCCACCUGAAAUUCGUGGGUCCCUAGUUGCCGUGCAACAAUUGGCUAUCACCUUUGGUAUCAUGGUCAGCUUCUGGAUCGGCUACGGCACAAACUACAUCGGCGGCACCGGCGAUACUCAAUCCCACGCCGCAUGGCUGAUCCCCAUCUGCAUCCAGAUCCUACCCGCCAUCACCUUGGCUGCGGGUAUGAUGUUAUUCAUGCCUCAAUCACCACGCCAUCUAAUGAACACUGGUCGCGACGAGGAAUGUCUGCAGACUCUGGCCCGUUUGCGUGGUACCUCCACGGACGAUCUACUAGUUCGGAUCGAGUACCUGGAGAUCAAGAGUCUACACCUCUUCGAGAAAGAGACGGCCGCUGAAAAGUACCCGCAGUGGCAAGAUGGAUCGUUCAAGAGUCGCUUUCAAAUCGGAUUGCAUGAUUAUAUGUCGCUUAUCACGAAUCCUUCUCUCUUCAAGCGGACCUCUGUUGCGUGCAUGAUCAUGGUUUUCCAGCAAUGGAAUGGUAUCAACGCUAUAAAUUAUUACGCGCCCUUCAUCUUCAAAGACAUGGAGCUCCCCGGGAACACCACCACCCUCCUAGCAACCGGCGUAGUUGGUAUCGUCGAAUUCCUGUUCACUAUCCCAGCAGUGCUUUGGGUAGACCAGAUUGGCCGCAAGAAGAUCCUCAUUGCUGGUGCUGCAGGUAUGGCCAUCUGUCAUUUCAUUGUGGCAGGUAUCAUUGGUGCGUACCAGCACGAGUUUGGGGAGCAUCGCGCGGCGGGCUGGACUGUUAUCGUGUUCGUGUGGAUCUUUGUGAUUAACUUUGCAUAUUCGUGGGGACCCGUUGCAUGGAUCGUCACCUCGGAAGUAUUCCCGCUGAGCAUGCGCGCCAAGGGCGUUAGUAUUGGCGGUAGCAGCAAUUGGCUCAACAACUUUGCCGUCGCAACUGCGACAUCCCCCUUCCUCGACAAGAGCGCCCUAGGCGCAUUCAUUUUCUUUGGCUGUGUGACGACUGUCGGCAUUGUUUAUGUGAUUUUCCUCGUCCCUGAAACCCGUGGUCGCACGCUUGAGGAAAUGGACGAACUCUUCGGGACUGCCGGCAUGGCUGCUGCCGAUGCAGCCCGUAAGGCACGUAUCGAGAGUGAGAUUGGACUCUUGGCGCUUGUUGGAGUUGAGAGUCCGGAGAGUGAGAAGAAGAGCGAGGAGGUUUCGCAUAGCGAGGAGAUUUCUCGUGAACAUGAAGAUGCGAAGCGAUCUUAG